AUGCUUGUUCAGGCGGUUCUCUAUCUGGCUUGGAUGGUCAGUCUGGCUGCCAGUCAGACAAUUGACCCCAGCACCAUUCCUAUCGCUACUCGGAACCAAUGGUGCGAACAGCAAAAGACAUCGUGCCCUCUGAUUUGCCUCCAACUCCCCAACGGCACCGCCUCCACAGACAGUGACACCUGCGACCCUUCCACCCUCGACUUUUCUUGCGUCUGCGGCGACGGCCAAUCCCCCAACUCCACCGAAUACUCCCAAACGAUCCCCUACUUCAUCUGCACCGCCUACAACACCCAAUGUCAAGCCAACUGCAACGGUGACUCAACCUGCCAGGCAGCCUGCGUGCAAGACCAUCCUUGCGGCGCACAGGAACCCAGACGCUACAACACCACUUCUUCUGCCACUAGCGGCGCCACUGCGACCGCUACAGGCACAGCAACGACUUCUGGUGGUGGUGAUGUGCUCUACACUGGAUUCGGUACGGGAUCUGCUUCUGUCGCUACGGGGAAAACGUCAGCUGGGUCCGUGGGCGUCAUGAGGCCAUUCUUGAGUGAAUUCAGUCAGGUCUAUGGUCUUUUCAUGAUUGCUGCUGGUUUGGCAGGUGGUUUCGCUGUUGUUCUAUAA